AUGCGCGAGUAUAAGGUGGUGGUGCUCGGCAGCGGAGGGGUCGGCAAAUCCGCGCUCACCGUGCAGUUCGUGACCGGGACCUUCAUCGAGAAGUACGACCCGACCAUCGAAGACUUCUACCGCAAGGAGAUCGAGGUGGACUCGUCGCCGUCGGUGCUGGAGAUCCUGGACACGGCCGGCACCGAGCAGUUCGCGUCCAUGCGGGAUCUCUACAUCAAGAACGGGCAGGGCUUCAUCCUGGUCUACAGCCUGGUCAACCAGCAGAGCUUCCAGGACAUCAAGCCCAUGAGGGACCAGAUCAUCCGGGUCAAGAGGUAUGAGCGCGUGCCUGUGAUUUUGGUGGGCAAUAAGGUGGACCUGGACAACGAGCGCGAGGUUUCGUCGAGCGAGGGUCAGGCUCUGGCUGAGGAAUGGGGCUGUCCGUUCAUGGAGACUUCGGCCAAGAGCAAGACUAUGGUGGACGAACUGUUCUCGGAGAUCGUCAGGCAGAUGGACUACGCUUCUCAGCCGGAUAAAGAAGACCCGUGCUGCUCCUCCUGCAAUAUACAAUAA